UUGUUGAGGCCCCGGAUGAAGCAGCCAUUGGGGAAGUUGACUGGGAUGCAUAACUAAGGAGGAUUGGUGGAGGCAGAACUAGAAGCAGGAAUUAAUUCAAAAACUCCGGGGAUCAAAAACACCCAGGCAGCCUCUGAACCAGACAAACUGCACCUGAGCGGGCCGGACAAGGGAUUAAACCGAGAGACUUGGCGACGGGCUCAGGAGAGAGUACUGUAUUUAAAAAACACAGAGACAGUGACUGAGGCUCGGAAUCCAGGGGCUUGCUUAAUGAAUUAUGUCUGCAAGUAUUGACCCUCAGAGACCAAAAGGACAAGAAAAUAAAGUGCAAAAUGGUUCACUGCAUCAGAAGGACACAGUUCAUGACAAUGAUUUUGAACCAUACCUCACCGGUCAAUCUAAUCAGAGCAACAGCUAUCCAUCCAUGACAGAUCCCUAUUUGCCCAGUUAUUACGCCCCUUCCAUCGGAUUCCCCUACUCCCUUAGCGAAGCACCCUGGUCGACGGGUGGAGACCCUCCCAUUCCUUUCUUGACUACUUAUGGACAGCUAAGUAAUGGAGACCACCAUUUUAUGCACGAUGCUGUUUUCGGCCAGCCCGGGGGAAUUGGGAGCAAUAUUUAUCAACAUAGGUUUAACUUUUUCCCUGAAAACCCAGCCUUUUCAGCGUGGGGAACUAGCGGCUCUCAGGGACAGCAGACUCAGAGCUCCGCUUACGGCAGCAGCUACAGCUACCCGCCAAGUUCCUUGGGUGGGACUUUGGUGGAUGGACAGACAGGCUUUCAUAACGACACUUUGAAUAAAGCCCCAGGUAUGAACAGCAUUGAGCAAGGCAUGGUGGGACUUAAGAUCGGGGCCGAUGUGACAGCAUCUGCUGUGAAAACAGUAGGCUCUGUCAUCAACAGUGCAGGGAUUAGUGGUGCAGUGACAGGGAAUGGCAGUACCACACUUGGCAUGUCUGCGCCCAAGCCCGCCUCCUGGGCUGCCAUUGCUAGUAAACCGGCCAAGCCGCAACCAAAAAUUAAGACCAAGUCUGGAGUGCCAAUGGCAGGGGGGGCUUUGCCUCCACCACCCAUAAAACACAACAUGGACAUUGGCACUUGGGAUAACAAAAGCCCACUGACUAGAGUCCCUACUCCACAGCAGCAACUGGCCAUGUCACCUCAGUCUGCAGCCCAGCAAAUGCAGCAGCAAAUGCAGCCUGUCUCUACACAGCCCCAGCACCAGAUCCCCCCUCAGCAGUACCAGAACAUGCAGCCUCAAAACCGCUGGGUGGCUCCGCGGAAUAGAAACGCUGGCUACGGUGGCCAGGGUGGCAGCACCGACAGCAACUCUACCAGCAACGCCUCCUCGGGCAGUGCCAUCCCUGGCGGCGAGUCCCAUCCUGUGCUGGAGAAACUGCGAGCUGCUCACAGUUACAAUCCCAAGGACUUUGACUGGAACGUGAAGAACGGCCGGGUGUUUAUCAUCAAGAGCUACUCUGAGGACGACAUUCACCGUUCCAUCAAGUACUCCAUCUGGUGCAGCACCGAACAUGGAAACAAGCGCCUGGACAGUGCCUUCCGCACCAUGAACAGCAAGGGUCCCGUCUAUUUGCUGUUCAGUGUCAACGGCAGUGGACACUUCUGCGGCGUGGCCGAGAUGCGCUCCCCUGUGGACUACGGCACGAGCGCUGGCGUCUGGUCUCAGGACAAGUGGAAAGGCAAGUUCGACGUCAAGUGGCUGUUUGUCAAAGACGUUCCCAACAGUCAGCUCCGGCAUAUCCGCCUGGAGAACAAUGACAACAAACCUGUCACUAACUCUCGAGACACUCAGGAGGUGCCCUUGGAGAAGGCCAAGCAGGUGCUUAAAAUUAUCGCGACCUACAAGCAUACCACCUCAAUCUUUGAUGACUUUUCACACUACGAAAAACGUCAGGAGGAAGAGGAAGUUGUUCGCAAGAACUUUGAGCCUCCUCCGAUCCAGAACCGUUCCAGAUUGGAUCAGGAUCACCAAAAUCGAAGCAAACAGUAGAAGAAUAUAUUAAUGGCUUGAUAUACGCUUUACCGGGACUGACUUUUUAUUUUUCUUUUGAAAAAAAAAAAAAAACAAACAAACAAACAAACAAACAAAAAAAACUACAUUCCCCCACCCCACCCCCCACCCAUUUAAUUGUGGUGAUGUCAGCCAGCAUUAUUGAGACUUAAGCUUUCUGCUCCAAUGUUACCUUGUGCAGGGAAAUAUAAGCUGUUUCAUGUAUUGAUAGUUGCAUAUUUUCCAUUUCUUUAGCCAGACUGGUCCUUUUUUCCCCCCCCUAUUAAUUUAUUUUAUUUGACAAAAAAAAAAGCAGUGCUUCUCUUUGCCAGUGUUGUUUUUGCAAUUGAAAGCUAAGGUGUAGUUCUCUUCUGAUCCAGAAGGUGGCACUGUUUUACAUACUGUCUUCACAUGGACGAGCACCACAACUUGUUCUUUUGGUUGUUCAGAAUAUUCUGAACCAGUAAUUGUCUUCUUCUAUGAUGUUGUAGCGUUAAUUGUUACACUGAUGCUUUCUUGUUCAUGUGUUUAAUCCAGUCUGAAAAUGAGAGCAUUUACAACUUAGUUUUUAAAGUUAAAUUUGUGUUGACUUUUUUUUGUUUUUAAAUUUACGAUGUGGUGAUGUUGACAUUACAAUGCUUGAGUGACUCAAUUAUGAACUUUCCAAAUCACUUAACUUACUGUAACUAUAACCUUUUUUUAAUUUUUUUUAAAUUUUCUGUUAACAUAUUGCAUUUUUUUAAAGUUUGUCUUUAGUGAUGCUAAGCUUUAAUGUAGGAGCAUAUAGUCAUGGACGAAGCCUCAAAUGUGUAACCUGAAAUUAACGUUACUGAUUUAAUUGUCAAGAGGGGGGACAGGGAUGGGACAGAAAGAACUGUGGUUGUUUGUUGUGUUUCUUUUUUUUUUGGAGAAAAUGAUUUUUGCUAUAUGUAUGUUUUUGUGGAAUGAGGGAACCAUUGAUUUAUAAAAAUAAAUGAAUUAUGGCUGCCGACUGGAUUUCUAAAAGCGUGAAAUCAUGCUCAUGCUUGGUGCUUCAGUAUGCAGAAUAACAUGCAUGUGUUUAUUGUUAGAUGAUCUUUGCUUUAUUAGAAAGCCUCUAAUUACCUACUUCUAAAAGUAUUUAUACAAAAGGACCUCAAUU